AUGGAUCUGGUCCCAUCAGAUUUUGAAUCUCCCCGUCGUCCUUCACUUGUGCGCGACCGCCCUUCUCGGCCUCCGUUGCCAAACGGACCACGCUUACGCUCACGCACAAAAAAUUCAGUUGACAUGCAAAGUCUCCGCGGAAGCUCUUGUACCGACGGAGGCUCGUCUGCAGUUACCUCCAGGUUGUCAUCACCUGUCAUCACUACUCCUCCGCACCUUCCAGGCCUAUUGGACGAAAGCCAAUUAAUUUCCAUCGAUACCUCGCUCCCGCAGUGCUUGCCACAAUUGGGCGCUUCUUCACACACACGCACGACAUCAGACAUUGGCGUUCAAGUUUCACAGAAUUUUGCAUCAUAUCAUUCAUCUCCCUCGUCGUCGCCUUCAGCGACACCUUCAAUCCAAAAACAAAAAAUAAGACUCAAAUCAAAACCAUCGAUAGCAACAUUCCUUACUCCUCCUCCUCUUCCACCCCCGCCUACAGUUUCAUUUGAAUCCGUGCAGAUUCCAUGGAAGGGCCUUCCCUAUGAGGCUGCCCAAUGGACAUUCACCUCGGCCGAACUACAGGAGAUAGUCUCCCGUGCUAUCAGGUUAAGCGCAAAAGAGUCUUUCAUACGCCUCCUAUCUCUCCAAGCACUCGACAUAGACAUGGUAAAAGAAGCAGAGCGUCUCGAAGAAGAGCGCCUAGCAGCGCAGGUCAAAUGGAGAUUCGAAAUGAACAGACGAACCAUGCUAAUGCAGGCGCUCAACUCAUGUGCGAGUGUAAUUGCCAACUCGGGAGAAAGUGAUAAAGAGAAUGUAUUGGGAGGCUUGAUAUCUCAAGUUGCAACUUCUAUCGCUUCGUGCGACUCUAUUCUUGCAUCCAUUUUGCACAUGUCAGAUCAGCAGGCACAAAUCUCGAUGGUUCAGCGCCGACAUUGGGCGUCAGCUCUCGGGAUUGCACUCCGCAAACUAAACAAAGCAUUCGAGCGCCAGGGAGAAGAGAUGAAACGCGCGCUAAUACGUAUCCAGACACUCGAGGACGAGCUCGAGGAGGCCUGGAGAGAAGCGGAAGGCAUGGCUGCCGAGAUUGAUGAGAUGGAGCAGAGCGAAGAGGAGGACAUUGAAGACAUCGAUGAUACCCAAACACUGGGAGAUAUUACCAUCAACACCGAUAUCGCACAAGUCAUGGGUGUCACUGCUAAAGCUGUUUUAUCCAAAGCUACUCUCAUUUCCCAAGUAAAGCAUGUAUCAUCCGACGCCAAGUCCAUCAAGUCUUUCAAAUCCGUAAAAUCCUCCCGCAGUAAACGAUCCAAAGAUGGCCCAAACCGGCUUUCACGUUUCUCUGCAGCAAAGACACGUUCACGCACCGCAUCCAAUGCCAGUCUUCGUUUGCCUAAGGGGUUACGCACCCCGACGGCAUCUCAUAUUCCACACGAUGAGCCGCCACCGAUGCCUGCACUUCCAGACGCAUUACAAGGAUGCUCGUUCCUUGAUAUGGACAGCGGUGCAGAGUACUGCCGCCCGCCAAGAAAACAACUACCUAACCGCGCACCAGAACCAACAGUCUCCCUUCCUGAACCUCCCCAUACAGCAGGUCUUCCUCCAACUGUCAUUCCGUCGAUUUGGAUAGACGCCGACUCAGGCCCCGGUUUGCGACCGAACGGACUCGAUCGUUCACACUCCAUGCAGAUCUCCCCCUCUUUUCGUCAGGUCCGGAGAAGUGAACUCGUGAUAGGCCAGUCACGGUCCGAUCCUGGAAACUCACCUGUGGAAAAGGUCGAGCCUCUUCUCGGCCGUACCAGCUCUUUGGCUGUAGUGAAUAAACCACUGCCUGCGAACAUACCUGUACCUGUCAUCGAUCGACCACUGUCAGCCGUAGACAGGCUAGUGUCUGGUGCGAUGGAUCGACCGCGUCCGAGCGUGGAGAGAAGGAGUUCUGGCUCUCUCAAGUUGAUACCACUACUUGAAAGGUCGUCAGGAAUCUCUGCGACUAUUAUCUCCGGUGGGAGGUAUCACUCGCGCGGAUUACCUAGUUACCGAUCAACAGACACUAUUUCUGAGGGCAGGACCCCGCCGCAUGUAGGAACACCAAAUAUUGGUUAG